UUUGUUCCGUUGCUGUCGAGGGAAAAUACGCGUCUUAACUGAUUACGAUGGCUACCGCUGGUUUGGGGACGGCGAAUCUUGCCGAGUGUACAGUGAUUUCUGGAAUAUCCGGACGUUUCCCGCAGACGAACAAUCUGUGGGAAUUCGCGAGCAGCCUCUACGGAAAGGUGGAUAUGGUGGACGAUAAGGAAACGCGUUGGAGACACACGAUGCCGGAGAUACCGCGACGUAUUGGGAAGAUUAAUAAUUUGGAAAAGUUUGAUUGCCAGUUUUUUGACAUUGAUCGUGCACAGUGUAAUACAAUGGACUCUCAGAUGCGUAUGCUGUUAGAGCAUACGUAUGAAGCAAUUCUCGAUGCUGGUGUUAAUCCGGAAACGCUCCGGGGUUCGCGUACGGGAGUGUUCAUUGGCGUGUGUUUUUCGGAAACCGAAGCCCGAAUGUUCUUCCAGACGUGCCCUCCCAAGGGCUACGCAUUGACGGGGUGUGCUAAAUCCCAGCUGGCGAACCGAAUUUCGUACGUGUUUGACUUCCGUGGUCCAUCACUUAUCGUGGACACCGCUUGCAGUAGUUCGAUGUACGCCCUCGAUGUCGCCCGUCGGAGUAUUCUUAGUGGGGAAUGUGACGCAGCGAUCGUGGCCGGCACUAAUCUAUGCCUGCAUCCGUACAUUUCGUAUCAAUUCGCGUUGCUCGGAGUGCUUGCCAAGGACGGUGUAUGCCGUCCGUUCGAUGUGAAUGCUUCUGGAUAUACCCGAUCGGAGGUCGUGUGUGCAGCUUUUCUACAGAAAGCUAAGGAUGCAAAUCGCGUUUACGCGCAUAUUCUACACUCUAAAACGAACUGUGAUGGGUUCAAAUCGGAAGGAAUAACGUACCCUUCGGGUGUGAUGCAGAAACAUUUGCUGGAGGAAUUCUAUCAAGAAGUGUCCAUCGAUCCGGCAAGUAUAGCGUACGUGGAGGCGCAUAGUACGGGAACCGUUGUAGGUGAUCCGGAAGAGUGUGAUGCGAUCGAUAAGAUAUUCUGUACGAAUCGUGACCGCCCGCUGCCGAUAGGAUCGGUUAAGUCCAACAUUGGUCACUCGGAAGCUUCGGCUGGAUUGGCAUCGAUUGCCAAGUGUGUUAUCGCUCUGGAAAAUCAGCUGAUUCCGCCGAAUAUAAAUCUGCAAACACCUCGAACGGAUGUUGCAUCAUUGAGUAGUGGACGACUGCAGGUCGUCAGUGAUCCACAACCUCUGGAGGGACCUCUGGUAGCAAUAAACUCGUUCGGCUUCGGAGGUGCCAAUGCUCACGCUGUAGUCCGUAGUAAUUCUAAGGUGAAGUUCAACCACGGAAUACCGGAAGAUGAUCUACCGCGGUUGGUCGUUUGGUCUGGUAGGGUUCGAGAAGCUAUCGAUGCCAUGUUCGAAUCUAUUAAAGAACGUCCGCUGGAUGGCGAGUUCAUUGCGCUCCUGCAAAACAUUCAAAGUAAAGCCAUUCCCGGACACCGAUAUCGUGGCUUCGGAAUCAUACGUAAACGAGGAACUGAGCUGGCUAGUUUCGAGCUUACCAGGGUUGCCCGAAUAAAGCUGGAAUAUUCGCCGCUGAUUGUUGUGUUCCCCGGAGUGAACGUACGAUGGCGAGAAGAUCUGCUGGCAUUUAGUCAAUUCCCACUAGUUCAAGGUAUGGUUGAUAGGUGCCGAGCCAUUUUGGAAACUUUUGGAUACGAUCUUUUCAAACGACCAACGAAAACGAUGGAUUUGCAGCAGUUGAUUGUGGGUUCAACGGUUUUACAGUUAGCUUACGUAGAUUUAAUGACCGAGAUUGGAGUGGAGUUUAGUGGCUACGGAGGUCACUCGGUUGGUCAAUUUACCUGCGCCUAUUUGGAUAAGUGCUUAACCCUCGAUCAAGUUCUAAGUUUGGCUCACAGCCACGGCGCAAUCUUCGCGGAGUACAAAACGGAGAUUAAUUAUAACGCUUUUCUGGAGUUAGGUGCCAAACGACCGGCACCACCUCUUUCCUUCGAUGCGUUUAUUCAUGAUCAGAUCCAUUCCAGAUUCGGAGUUGUUGGUGGUCCAUUGAAUCCGACUUGCGCAGUCGUCGAUCAGCUGAAGGCACGUGGCUAUGUUGCUGAACAUCUCCCGUUCGUUAGUUUCCUGUACGCUAGAGACUACGCAGAUGAGAUAUCUGAGAAGCUAAAGAGAGCGCUUUGGAAUGUUGUAAAGGAACCUAUGACGCCGUCCCAUCGAUGGUUCAACGCUAGGGGGUCUUCAACCCUUGCCUUUACGUUGCCCCAUGACUCCAUUACUAUUGUGAGCUUGUUGGAGAAAAUUCCCGAACGCUGUCAGCUGCUGGAAGCGUUCGCCAAACAAUCUCUGCAACCAAUUCUACGUAGUUUAAAGCGAAGAUCGGAUUGCGUUCCGGUCGAACAGGGAGUGGACGAUUUUGUGAUGAGAUUCCUAUCGGUUCUGGGCCACCUGCACCUAGCAAAGCAAAAUUUAGCCUUGCUCAGCUUGUAUCCGGCGGUACAGUUCCCUGUUUCGCGUGCAACUUCCAUGAUUGCUCCGUUGGUCCGAUGGGACCACCGGGAUUCGUGGUGUGUUGUGCGCUAUGAUUGGGCCAGCAUACGUAAUUCGAACACUAUGCACUACAAGGUUUCGCUGUCCGAUCAAGAUUUUGUGUACGUUGCGGGGCACUGCAUCGAUGGACGGAUACUUUUCCCAGCAACCGGCUACCUAAGUUUGGUAUGGGAUCUGUUGGCCUAUCUGGGACAACGUGAGAUGACCGACUGUCCGGUGCAGUUCGACGAUGUGAAAUUUUUACGGGCAACUCCCGUGGCCAAGAAUCAGGCGGUGGAACUGAGCGUUAUGGUGCAGCAAAGCAGCGGUAGAUUUGAGAUUCUGGAUGGCCACACUGCCGUAGUGACGGGCUACGCCCGGCAGUUGCCGGACACUUACGAAGACUUCUCAACCAAGGAAACUCCCUCCGUGGUACCAAUUCUGAAGACACGCGAUUUCUACAAAGAGCUGCGCCUUCGAGGUUACCACUACAGUAACUUGUUCAAGUCGGUCCUUGAGGCCCGCAGUGACGGCUCGGCGGCGAAAAUCCAGUGGAAAGGUAACUGGAUAGCGUUUCUAGACAGCAUCCUACAGGUAGCGAUUAUAGCGGCCGACACGCGAUCCCUGAUGGUACCGACGGCGAUCGGAAGCGCAACAAUCUAUCCAAAGUUUCACCUCUCGAAGAUGCUGCGGAAUGAAGAGGAGCAGGAUUACUUCGUGUCUACAAUGUGUAGUAAAACUAACUCGAUGUCGUGUGGAGGCGUUCGAAUUUCCGGACUCCGAGCAAACGUUGUCGGCAGGCGGAAUCCUCCGGGUGUUCCGGUACUAGAAACGUACCGCUUUGUUCCCUAUGUUCUUACGGAGAAAGUAUCCACGCUAGAAGCUGUUCGAAUGAUCGUUCAACUUUCCAUUGAGAAUGCUCCAAGUCUUGCAAUACAUGCUACAGAAGUUUUCAAAGACGGAACAGACACUCUACUGCCAUUGUUCGCGGAAGCUAUGGCUGAUCUUCCACUAAUCCAACCGACACUGUCCUUACUAAGCCCCGUUGAGGUGGAAAUUCCUAACGUGACGGUAAAGAAUGAAAAACUAGUCAACCAAACUAACCAACAGUUCCUAAUUAGUCACAACCGACUUGGGAAUGCGGAUUUUCUGCGAGAUGCGUCGGCUAGCUUAUCCGUUACCGGAUACCUCGUGAUCAGAGACACCAUAAAUCAACCAAUCCAAGUGCCAUCCCAGUUGAACCGGAUUGCCAGCUUCGUAACAGAAGAUGAUCAGACAAUUCUGCUGCUUCAACCGAAAUCCACCACUGCGAAGGAAUCACCUGCGGUUGUUCAUGUUCAAUCGCAGGACAGCUCAUUUGACUGGCUCCAGGAGCUCAAGAGUGCCAUAAAAAUUCGACCUGUUCUACUGUACGCACAGAACGAUUCAACAUCAGGGAUUAUUGGCCUGGUAAACUGUAUCAACAAGGAGCCAAAGUCGCACAGCAUUCGCUGUGUCUUCAUUGACGAUCCACAGGCUCCACCAUUUGCGUUAACCCAUCCUUUCUACAAGGACCAGUUGAGUUUGGAUUUAAUAAUCAACGUUUAUCGAAAUGGAUCCUGGGGUAGCUAUCGGCAUGCCCUCAUAGACAACAGCCGGGUGACCGUUCCGGUCGGUAAUCACUGCUAUGCUGAUUGCUUCACCCGUGGCGACUUAUCAUCUUUGACGUGGUUCACAGGUUCCAUGAACACUCGCCCCUUGAAGGGGGAGUUGAUACGGGUAGUAUACAGUGCUCUGAACUUCCGAGACGUUAUGCUCGCUACGGGUCGGCUUUCUGCGGAUGCGUUCCAUGUCGAUCGGCUGGAGCAGGAAUGCCUACUCGGUAACGAGUAUUCAGGGGUUUCCGUCAAUGGAAGACGAGUCAUGGGUGUGCUACCGAGUGGUGCGAUGUCUACCCUGGUGGAGUGCGAUCCCAUGAUGACGUGGACAAUCCCGGACCACUGGAGUCUAGAGGACGCUGCAACGGUACCGGUAGUGUACGGAACGGUUUACACGGCACUGUUCAUCUGCUGCCACAUCCGGAAGGGUCGAUCCAUUCUAAUUCACGCUGGCAGCGGAGGCGUCGGACUUGCAGCAAUUCAAGUCUGUCUAGUUUACGGACUGGAGGUAUUCACCACAGUGAGUACGGAGGAAAAGAGGAACUUCCUGCUCGAGCGCUAUCCUCAGCUGGUGCCAGAGAAUAUCGGUAACUCGAGAGAUACGUCUUUCGAGCAGAUGGUAAAACAACGCACCAACGGUCGAGGCGUGGAUUAUGUGCUGAACUCGUUGGCGGACGAGAAACUGCAGGCUUCGUUCCGUUGUUUGGGUAAGAAUGGACACUUUUUGGAAAUCGGCAAGUACGAUAUGGCAAACGAUUCGCAGCUUGCCAUGCAGCUGUUCCAGAAAGGGCUGACAUUCACUGCGGUGAUGUUGGAUGCGAUGUUUAAGGGAACUGAUGCAGAGAAGCAGAGGCUACAUGACCUACUGACGGCGGACAUCAACAGUGGCGUGAUAAGACCGUUGAACACAACCGUCUAUCCGGCGGUGGAGAUCGAAAAGGCAUUCCGCUUUCUGGCCGGUGGAAAGCACAUCGGUAAAAUCUUGCUUCAAAUUCGGGAGAACGAAACCGACGAGAAAACCAUUCCAAUCCCGUACAUUCCGAGGUUGUACUGCGAUCCGGCAUACUCCUACCUGAUCGUUGGCGGUUUGGGUGGUUUCGGUCUGGAACUGGCCGAUUGGUUGAUACUUCGCGGUUGUCGCAAGCUGGUGUUCAGUUCUAGUCGGGGUGUUACGAAACCCUACCAGGAGUAUCGAAUCAGACUCUGGAGCAAGUAUGGGGUGCAAAUCGUAGUAAACACUGCCGACGUCAGUACACCCCAGGGUUGCCAAGAGUUGCUCCGCGUAGCAUCCGAAUUGGGUCCAGUAGUAGCCAUCUUCAACUUGGCCGUGCAACUGCGCGAUUGUCUGCUGGAAAACCAAACGGUGGAGAAAUUUGUCGAAUGUUUUGCCCCAAAAGCGACCGCUACACAGUACCUAGACGAACUGAGCCGUCAGCUCUGUCCGGCGUUGAAGCAUUUUGUGGUGUUCUCAAGCGUAUCGUGUGGACGAGGAAAUGCGGGUCAGUGUAACUACGGGAUGGCCAACUCCAUCAUGGAGCGAAUAGUAGAACAGCGUUGUGCUGAUGGGUACCCGGGUAAAGCUAUUCAGUGGGGGGCUAUCGGAGAGGUUGGAAUCGUUGCCGAUAUGGCGGAAGAUCGAUUGGAUAUGGAAAUUGGAGGCACCCUGCAGCAACGGAUAUCGUCGUGUCUGCAGGAGCUGGAUCGACUGUUGGACAAUAAGGCACCGAUUGUAGCUAGUAUGGUUGUGGCGGAGAAGCGGCUUGGAGGAGGUGCUAAAAAUCUGCUCGAAGCAGUGAUGAAUAUCAUGAGUAUUCGGGAUCUGAAGUCCGUUUCCAUGGAAAGUACGCUGGCCGAUAUUGGCAUGGACUCUCUGAUGGCAGUUGAAAUCAAACAAGUGUUGGAGAGAGAUUUUGAUUUGGUCCUGUCUCCUCAGGAGUUGCGAACUUUAACUUUCAUGAAACUUCAAAAGCUAGCGGACGAAAGAAAGCUUCAAAACGAGGCGUCCGCUGAAAGUGGUGAAACCAGAGUCUUCAUCGGUAUGGAAAUGUUGCUUAGAAAUUUGGGUGAUGAGGAGUUUAGUUCGGAAACAGUGUACCAGCUGCCUUCCAGCUGCUCAGAGGGACGGCCGAUUUUGAUAAUUCCCGGACUGGAAGGAGUUGCUGGAAAUGUGUGGCGAAAUAUUGCUUCCGCCUUGGAAGCUCCAGUAUUUGUUCUGCAAACAUUGAAUACAGCUGAACAAACUAGUGUGGCCGCGAUCGUUGAUCAAGUUAUGUACGAACUUGAUGAGAAAAUUUUCAACGAGUUCAACGAAUUUAUGAUCGUAGCUUAUUCUUUCGGAUCUUUCCUGGCGUUUGAAAUUGCCGAAAGGUUGCAGCAGAGAAAGGCUCACGGCAAAUUAAUUUUGAUUGAUGGUGCGCCAAAGUUUUUGACCAGGAUGUCUGUACUGGUGCUGGGGGAGAAUCCUCCGGAUGAGUUGAUUCAGAAGAGUCUAAUAGCGGGUAUUGUAAGCAGCGUGGUUUCCAGCCAAUCGACAGAGCAUUUGCAGUCAAUUAUGGAAGCUCCAACCUUCCAGGGGCAGAUUGAAAAAAUGAUUCAAGCGGGCAAAGAUAAAUCUGCUUAUUCACCCGAGUACACGCGCAAAAUGACGACCCUGCUGUUCAAUCGUCUCAAGAUGGUGUACGCCAUGGAUGCGGAGAAGAAACAACAAUGGGUACUGGAUAUACCGAUUAUGCUGAUACGGGCCUCGAUGGCUUCAACGGUGGACAUCGAGGAAGACUACGGCCUGGAAGCCAACACGACCGGGACGGUUAUACUGAAGACUGUUGAAGGGAGCCACAUGACGAUGCUGGAGAAUCAGACGCUGGUAGAAAUAAUAAACAGUGAAAUUGGUGAUGUAUAACGAUAUAGAAUAUUGAAACAUUAAGUGAUAACCUUAAAGAUUAGAAAAAUAUAUACUUGUGAUGACAGUACAAA